AUGCAGAGUCGUGUGAGAUAUUGGGAACUAGAAGUAGUGAUUUUGUUGAUAAAGAUGCUCUUUACGGGUAUUGUUGUCUACUUGUUCUUUGCUUUUAAUACUUUGUAUGCGAUUGAGUUAGUUUAUGAUUUAUCUGUGCCGGUGAUUGUCUUAUUUUUGAUAUACCAGGCAAUGGUAUUAUUAGUUGGCUUCUGUUUCUUUAGGGUGGCUAUAGCUAAGAACUGUAGUACAAUGGAGUUGUUUCCGGAGGUAGAAGAUAGAGAAGAUCUUUCUUCUUAUGAGAGUUUGCAUUUGAAUCCGUUUGAGAAGGAUAAUAUGCAGAUUAAGCAGAAGAGUAUGGAAGUUUGUGGCGUUUGUCGGAUUUCUCGGCCGGUACGGAGUUUUCAUUGUUUGAAUUGUGAUCGGUGCUUUUUGUUGAUGUAUAAGCAUUUGGCUUUGUUUGAUAUCUGUAUUGGGUUUACGAACUAUAAGUUUUAUGUGGUCUUUCUGUUCUAUAGUAUUUGGUUGUGUGCCUUAGGGGCGGGAUGUUUUAUUCAUGGUGUUAUUCAUUCGUUGACUUCGCCUAAUUCUCGGAUAGUUUUUGUCCCAAUGGUAGUGGCUGUGGCUUUGCAAGUGGUAGUACUACUGGGGGCAUUGUGGGAGUUAUAUCAGGCAGUUGUUUGUAUCUUGCAAAAUGAGACCUUAGAGGAACGGCGACAGAGGAAAGAUACAAAGAUAUCUUAUAAUAUUGGUAAACUAGCUAACUGGCAGAUGAUUAUGGGGAAGAAGUGGUACCAUUGGUUCUUGCCCAUUUGGUCGACUUCUGGGAAUGGCUUGGAGUUUCCGUAUAUUCAGAAAGACUAUAUUGAAAUUGAAGGUCCUGAUUCUGGCAGUGAAGUCGGUUUAGUUGCCGAAUAA